UCGUUUACGUAACACGUAGUGCUACUGCUAGUGAUUAUUACUCUUUGGUUUCUUCUAAGUUCUAAUUACAAAUAAAAAGCAGAGGGAUACAGUAUUUAUUGUAUAAAAUUAAUAUAAAUCAAGGAAAUUGGUUAAUACACAUUUCUAAAUGUUUAUAAAUAUCAAUAAUAAGUACAAACUUUAAAAUAAAUUGUCGAAGUGACCUUACAGAAAAAUUAAAAUCCGUAAAACACAAACUAUACCAAGAAUCAAGAUGCAGUGCUGCGUGCCUUUCUGCGUAAAUACUUCAGACAAUGCGUCAACAUCUGCGGGAACAGGAAUUACCUUUCAUGAGUUAUCCAGGUUACCCAGAGAAGAAAGUCUCCAUGCUGCUUGGCUCAGAACUCUCGGCACACAAGACCAUCACCUGCCCGACCCUGCUGUAGUCUGCUCGCAGCAUUUUUUAGAUGAAGACUUUUCUGAAACAAAGAGUUGUGUAAGGCAGAUUCGCUCUAAUGCUAUACCUACAACAGUGCAGAUGUGCAUGAUAUGCCUGGACACUGAUAGUAAGCUCUCUCUAAUGAGUAAACACAAGUUGGAGGAGACAUAUGAACAGCUAACUGGACUGUCUUUGUUUCAGUUGUGUAGUGGAGGAAACCUGAAGCAAACACUCUGUGUGCUGUGUGCUCAGAGAUUGAUUAACUUCAGUAGAUUUAGAGACUUGUGCUUGAGAGCCCAUUCACUGAUGACAGACUUACUUGCACAAGAUGAAUCAAUUACUAUUCAACAUAAGGAACUGAUGAACUGCACAACAAAACAUCUGCAGUGUAACUUAACACAGACGACGUUAGGAGCAGACUACUGUGACUUGUACAUAGAUCACACUGAUGAAGAGGAACAGACAGCAGCAGAGGAAUCUGUAGUGAAAGAUGUUGCAUCAGUUGUGGUGAAGAAUGAAUACAGUUCUGUUUCCCUGUCAAAUGCUGAUAACUCUACAUUGGUACACAAAGAUGACAAUGACAGAGACCGUUCCAACAAUGACUGUGUCUUGGACGAUGAAUACUCUGACAUGAGCAUCGAGCUGGAAUCUAGACUACUGGACGAAGCUAUAGGUGAAGCUCUUCAUAACAAAGCAACAGCUUGCUGGGCUGCAGUCACAGAACAUACUGAAACAGAGAGUUCCAUAAAGAAUGAAAGUGUUGUCUUUGAAUGUUCAUUUUGUGAUAAGGAGUUUCUGCAAGAAAUUACAUACUUGGAACAUUUAAGCAAACAUUCAUCAUUCAUUCAGGUAGUUGGCGGCGACGCUGCAUGUGAUGCAUCACAAGUGUGCGAGCCUCGUGCAGCUGUGAGCCGCAGCGGUGACUCACUCGUGCUGCAGAACAAGUCAGUAUACAACGACGCUGCAUGUGAUGCAUCACAAGUGUGCGAGCCUCGUGCAGCUGUGAGCCGCAGCGGUGACUCACUUGUGCUGCAGAACAAGACAGGAAGUCGGAGGCUGAAUGAUGUCCCUCCCCCGGCUGCAGACUGCGCUCAGGCUUUAGUCGCUCCACUGUCCGCGAGACUUGCGGCAAACAACGACCACACAGUGCAGGCAACUGAAGAAGCAGCUGCGACCCGGAAAACUGAACAAAUCCUUGAGACUGACAUUGGCGAACUGAACGAGCAACCAUCUCAGAGCGGCACUGAAAUAUAUACAGAUAUAAAUAGAUUCACAAACUGUGUAGUACAGUUACAUGAUAUUUUCAAGAAACCCAAAAAAACUGUACCAGAUGAGAAUCCACGCCUGAAAACCCACACUCAUGCAAAGCCUUAUUCUUGUGAGAUGUGCAAUUAUAAAUGCACACACAAAAGUUCUUUAAGGCAGCAUAUGAAAACUCACACUGGCGAAAAACCUUUUUGUUGUAAGGUAUGUAAUUAUAAAUCUGCACUGAAACAUCAUUUAUUAAAUCACAUGAAAACUCACACUGGCGAAAAGCCUUUUUGUUGUGAAAUAUGUAAUUAUAGAUGUGCACAGAAAGGUAAUUUAAAAACACAUAAAAGAAUCCACACUGGCGAAAAGCCUUUUUCUUGUGACAUUUGCAAUUAUAAAUGUACACAGAAACAUCAUUUAUUAGAUCACAUGAAAACGCACACUGGUGAGAAACCUUAUUCUUGUCAGAUUUGCAAUUAUAAAUGUAUACACAAAGGUAAUUUAUUAGAUCACAUGAAAACGCACACUGGUGAGAAACCUUAUUCUUGUCAGAUUUGCAAUUAUAAAUGUAUACACAAAGGUAAUUUAUUAGAUCACAUGAAAACGCACACUGGUGAGAAACCUUAUUCUUGUGAGGUUUGCAAUUAUAAAUGUGCACGUAAACAUAAUUUAUUGCAACACAUGAAAACUCACACUGGUGAGAAGCCUUUUUGUUGUGAGAUAUGUAAUUACAGAAGUGCACACAAAGGUGAUAUAAAAAAACAUAAAAAAACCCACACUGGCGAAAAGCCUUUUUGUUGUGAGAUAUGUAAUUAUAAAUGUUCACACAAAGGUGUUUUAAACAGACAUAAAAGAACCCACACUGGCGAUAAGCCCUUUUCUUGUGAGAUAUGCAAUUACAAAUCUGCGACAAGAUGUAAUAUAUUGCGACAUAAGAUGAGAAUCCACACUCACACUAAGCCUCAGUUAUCCAGGUUACCCAGAGAAGAAAGUCUCCAUGCUGCUUGGCUCAGAACUCUCGGCACACAAGACCAUCACCUGCCCGACCCUGCUGUAGUCUGCUCGCAGCAUUUUUUAGAUGAAGACUUUUCUGAAACAAAGAGUUGUGUAAGGCAGAUUCGCUCUAAUGCUAUACCUACAACAGUGCAGAUGUGCAUGAUAUGCCUGGACACUGAUAGUAAGCUCUCUCUAAUGAGUAAACACAAGUUGGAGGAGACAUAUGAACAGCUAACUGGACUGUCUUUGUUUCAGUUGUGUAGUGGAGGAAACCUGAAGCAAACACUCUGUGUGCUGUGUGCUCAGAGAUUGAUUAACUUCAGUAGAUUUAGAGACUUGUGCUUGAGAGCCCAUUCACUGAUGACAGACUUACUUGCACAAGAUGAAUCAAUUACUAUUCAACAUAAGGAACUGAUGAACUGCACAACAAAACAUCUGCAGUGUAACUUAACACAGACGACGUUAGGAGCAGACUACUGUGACUUGUACAUAGAUCACACUGAUGAAGAGGAACAGACAGCAGCAGAGGAAUCUGUAGUGAAAGAUGUUGCAUCAGUUGUGGUGAAGAAUGAAUACAGUUCUGACUCCAUGUCAAAUGCUGAUAACUCUACAUUGGUACACAAAGAUGACAAUGACAGAAACCGUUCCAACAAUGACUGUGUCUUGGACGAUGAAUACUCUGACAUGAGCAUCGAGCUGGAAUCUAGACUACUGGACGAAGCUAUAGGUGAAGCUCUUCAUAACAAAACAACAGCUUGCUGGGCUGCAGUCACAGAACAUACUGAAACAGAGAGUUUCAUAAAGAGUGAAAGUGUUGUCUUUGAAUGUUCAUUUUGUGAUAAGGAGUUUCUGCAAGAAAUUACAUACUUGGAACAUUUAAGCAAACAUUCAUCAUUCAUUCAGGUAGUUGGCGGCGAAGCUGCAUGUGAUGCAUCACAAGUGUGCGAGCCUCGUGCAGCUGUGAGCCGCAGCGGUGACUCACUCGUGCUGCAGAACAAGUCAGUAUACAACGACGCUGCAUGUGAUGCAUCACAAGUGUGCGAGCCUCGUGCAGAUGUGAGCCGCAGCGGUGACUCACUCGUGCUGCAGAACAAAUCAGUAUACAACGACGCUGCAUGUGAUGCAUCACAAGUGUGCGAGCCUCGUGCAGAUGUGAGCCGCAGCGGUGACUCACUCGUGCUGCAGAACAAGUCAGUAUACAACGACGCUGCAUGUGAUGCAUCACAAGUGUGCGAGCCUCGUGCAGCUGUGAGCCGCAGCGGUGACUCACUUGUGCUGCAGAACAAGACAGGAAGUCGGAGGCUGAAUGAUGUCCCUCCCCCGGCUGCAGACUGCGCUCAGGCUUUAGUCGCUCCACUGUCCGCGAGACUUGCGGCAAACAACGACUACAAAGUGCAGGCAACUGAAGAAGCAGCUGCGACCCGGAAAACUGAACAAAUCCUUGAGACUGGCGUUGGCAAACUGAACAAGCAAUCAUCUCAGAAUGGCACUGAAAUAUAUACAGAUAUAAAUAGAUUCACAAACUGUGUAGUACAGUUAUAUGAUAUUUUCAAGAAACCCAAAAAACCUGUACUAGAUGAGAAUCCACGCCUGAAAACCCACACUGAUGCAAAGCCUUAUUCUUGUGAGAUGUGCAAUUAUAAAUGCACACACAAAAGUAGUUUAAGGCAGCAUAUGAAAACUCACACUGGCGAAAAACCUUUUUGUUGUAAGGUAUGUAAUUAUAAAUCUGCACUGAAACAUCAUUUAUUAAAUCACAUGAAAACUCACAAUGGCGAAAAGCCUUUUUGUUGUGAGAUAUGUAAUUAUAGAUGUGCACAGAAAGAUAAUUUAAAAAAACAUAAAAGAAUCCACACUGGCGAAAAGCGUUUUUCUUGUGACAUUUGCAAUUAUAAAUGUAUACAGAAACAUCAUUUAUUAUAUCACAUGAAAACGCACACUGAUGCAAAGCCUUAUUCUUGUGAGAUGUGCAAUUAUAAAUGUGCACGUAAACAUCAUUUAUUAUAUCACAUGAAAACGCACACUGGCGAAAAGCCUUUUUCUAGUAAGAUUUGCAAUUAUAAAUGUACAGUAAAAAGUAAUUUAUUGCAACACAUGAGAACGCACACUGGCGAAAAGCCUUUUUGUUGUGAGAUUUGCAAUUAUAAAUGUGCACAGAAAGGUGAUUUAAAAAAACAUAAAAAAAUCCACACUGGCGAAAAGCCUUUUUCUUGUGAGAUUUGCAAUUAUAAAUGUGCACGUAAACAACAUUUAUUAGAUCACAUGAAAACGCACACUGGUGAGAAACCUUAUUCUUGUCAGAUUUGCAAUUAUAAAUGUAUACAGAAACAUCAUUUAUUAGAUCACAUGAAAACGCACACUGGUGAGAAACCAUUUUCUUGUGAGAUUUGCAAUUAUAAAAGUGCACGUAAACAUAAUUUAUUGCAACAUAUGAAAACACACACUAGUGAGAAGCCUUUUUGUUGUGAGAUAUGUAAUUACAGAAGUGCACACAAAGGUGAUAUAAAAAAACAUAAAAGAACCCACACUGGCGAAAAGCCUUUUUGUUGUGAGAUUUGCAAUUAUAAAUGUUCACACAAAGGUGAUUUAAACAGACAUAAAAGAACCCACACUGGCGAUAAGCCCUUUUCUUGUGAGACAUGCAAUUACAAAUCUGCAGAAAGAUGUAAUUUAUUGCAACAUAAAAUGAGAAUGCACACUCAAACUAAGUCUCAGUAAUUGUAAUAAAAUAGAAAACGAAGCGAUCGCUCGAUCUUUGCAGAUGUGCAUUAACAAAAAACACAAAAACUUGAAUAUUUUUCUGAUCAAAUUUAAUUAUUGUAUCCGAAAGUGCCGCAAGUGUUGAUAGACUCUAAAGUGCAAACGAAGUGUGAAACAGAAGUCACAGUUGUACGCUAUUGUCAUCUGUACGAAGUGCAACUCGUACGCUGCUCCCUUCACCCCCUCGGGUAAAUGAGCGGGGCUCGUAUUGUGUGAGUCGCUCUCACUGCAGUGAUCGCGAGCGUUGCCCAGUGGCCGGUUGUAAAGAUGAGUUCACAACAAACCUCGCUUAGCGGAUAUCUCAUAAGCGGCGGCGGAGCUUCUACGAGUACUUAUCAACAUGUGACGAAGGGGAUACACAAAAAGUCGUGCGACCUAGAAAACGAAAGGAUCGGUCAGCUGAAAACGAUUUUCAUAUGUAGUUUCACAUUCAUAUUACCAAUUUUUGUCAACAAUUUGUUGACACUCAAAAUGAACGUUAACUUAAUUUUGAGUAACACGGCAAGAUGUUACGGAACUAACAAAUAUACUACUAAACUAAACUCAAAAUAUACUGCACAACAACAAGAACUUAACAAUGUCCUAAACCGUUGAGUACUAUACGUCUUGGAAAAUAUUUAUAGGAGUAGACCUCUCAAAGUGUGUUUGUUGUUGAUGUUGUGUAUAGACAGAGAUUAGAGACAGAACGUCAUCGAUUGCAAAUAUUAGACAAUCUGUAAUUGAUGAUGUUCUGUGGUACCAGAGGGUAACAGUUGUGUACUGAAGAUUGUACGCCUUAGAGAUAUUGGAGAUAUGUGAUUCUAAUUUAUAUAUAUUAAAUGCAUAAGUGUGU